CAAGUCUGCAAACGGUACUACGAAGAGAAGUAUACAGCUAUACGAAAGAAUUAGUGUCGAAGCCAUCCCGAGCCGUUGAGAUUUUGUCCCAAGGCCCGGGACAUCCAGCUUAAACCCAUCAUGACGUACCCGUCACGGAAACCCUCACCGCCACCAACUCAUGAGCCCAAAGAGAGCCAAGCCACUCACGACCCAGACGAAAAUGAGGAUGACGAGUUUGUUGAGUGUCCCAUAGAAGACUGCGGCGAGUUUAUCACCCUUGCCGAGCUGGAGGACCACGUCCAGCUCCACAGCGAGGAGACGCAGUCGGACUCUGCCAGCAUCCCUACCACUGUCUCAAGCCCCCCACGAAACGACUCGCGACCUACCAGCACGGACACGGCAAGAUCUUCCGAGUCACGCCGUGUGCGAAGCCGCAAGCACAUCAAAAGCGCAAAGCAGUCUCACGCCAUCGAGGCCUGGAAGCGGCUGUUCCAUGUGCCAUCUACUGUUAAGGACUCUGGCUCUCGCAAUCACUCCUCUUCGCCACCAGGCAUUAGGAAACGUCUCGGAAAGUCGGAAUUGGGCAAAUAUGCCCACGAGGACAAGAUGCCGGAUUGGCUCGUGGCACUGCUCAAGAAAGGCAAAUAUGUCAAGUCUGAAGGCAUGAUCUUUGUCUUGGAACAAUUAUUGGCCCACAGCUCUUCUACAGAAUGGGCUUUUCUCUGUCAUCCGUGUGUGCAGCACAUCUCAAAGUUACGAAGAGAAGGCGGUUUCUGCGGAUAUCGGAAUAUCCAAAUGCUGUGUUCGUACAUGAUCGGGGUCGAGACUCCCGAUUCGGCUGUCUUCCGUGGCAAGAUCCCCAGCAUAUUCCGCAUACAAGACCACAUUGAGGAUGCAUGGGAUCUGGGCAUAAACGAAAAUGGGAGGGCGGAGACUGGUGGAGUGAAAGGGUCGAGGAAGUACAUUGGCACACCCGAGGCACAAGCGAUGCUCGUUAGUCUUGGGAUCCAUUGUGAGGCGCAAGGUUUCAAGAAUCCAGAAGCUAGUGUUGCGGAAACCGCCCUGUUGCACUAUGUCCAGGACUACUUCUCGACGGCACUUUUCGAUCCUGAUCAAAAAGUGCGGUUGACGGAUCUGCCCCCGAUUUAUUUCCAGCACCGAGGACACUCCAUGACUAUCAUCGGACUGGAGAGGCGAACAUCCGGAGAGCUCCAGCUCUUGGUGUUUGACCCGAUGUUCCACGAUCCGGCGUACCUGACGGGGCCUGAUCCGCUCCGCAGGACCCCUAGCCGCAACUCCCAGGCAGGACUGAAAUUCUACCGCCGUGGUCAUAAUUAUCUUAAGAAGUAUCAUGAGUUCGAAGUGUUAGCGCUUCUCGGACCACAAGAAGACACUGCACAGAACAUGUAUUAUAACCAACGGACGAGAACAUCCUAGUGCCAGCAUUUUGGGCGCGGCACAACAAUUCUCGACCUUGGACCAUCAAACCACGGCUCUCUAUGCUCUUCCAGUGCUUGUCCACUUCUCACACGGCAUCGCCUUCGUGGGGUGGCGAACAGUUGAUGCUUCCGGCCGGUUAGGUGAUCGAAGCAGUACGUGGUAUGGCUACUUGAUUCAGGUUGAUUCUUCCUUCAUGCCGCCCUCAAUCCACACCCGCAGCUUCUCCAGAGCCUUAUACCUGUGGGAAAUUUUGUUCUUGGCAGCCUUGUCCAUUUCA